GGACUCUCUCUUUGACCUUAACGAAGUGUGCACCUUUCUUCGCGUUUUUUCUUUUGUUCUCCUUCUUUCCAUAAACUUCCUUUAAACGGCAUCCGUGUUAUUCAAUCCUCACCCAACCUUGAAGAAGCGACAGUUCUUUCGUAUCUUGUGUUACCAAAGGUGAAAAGUUAACUUUUAUAUCUUUCUCUGUUGUUUCGCCGAAGAAAACUGUGAUUUUUUAUUUUAACGUGGUUUUUGUGUCAUGUUUCUGAGGAGAAGAUCCUGAAGACACUUCAGUGAAAAAUGAACGUUCAUCGGGUUUUAUUAACAACACUUCUCAUCAUCUCAUGUCAUAAUUCAUCAAGCCUGAAAAAUGAUCGAGGUGGACCAUCAUUCAAUAAUGCACCAAAUUUCAUUCGAAAUAGCAGAAGAAUCGAAUUAAAUGAAUAUCUGGUUCCACCCCCGCCACCAAGGCCUCAUUCACUAAGAUCAGGAAGAGUAGCAAACCCCUCCCCAACAGAUGCACCAGGAUACUUUUCCAAAUUGAUGAACUGGUUGAACCCCUUCAAUUAUGGAGUUUCAUCUCCAGUACCCCCACCUAUAGAAACACCAUUCCAACCUCGCAGUCCCCCACAGUUUAAUUUGCAAUCUGGUCCACCAUUGCACCCCCCUGGACCUCUGUAUCCACCUUUGGGUCCACCUCCAAAUCAGCAUCCAGUGGGGAUACAUCCUGGUCCACCUAUAAAUCUUCCUCCCAAUCCGUUGCCAUCUUACAAUGCUCCUCCAGCGAUUGUACACAAUAUCCAGCCUUUGAGAAAUAAUCCCGCACCAUAUGUUGCCAUGAAUAAAGGAAAGUCUUGUAAUCCUUGCAAUAGAAUUCCUUGGAUCCCUAUGCAAGGUGGCGGACUACGCGACGACCAUCAUCCACAUCCACAAAUUUCUAAUGGCUAUCUCCCUCCAAGUAAUUCUAUAAAUCAUGACAAUCACCAUUCAGCAUCCCAAGACAUCAGUGUCCCAAGUUUCGCACAAGGUCCUCCUCUGUAUCCUCAUCCCGUACCUCCAAGUCCCCACUUCGAAUCUACUUUAUCGAAUCCUGAUCAGCAACCAAAUAUACAAAUCAAUGGACAUUCCAAUCUUCGGGGGAAUGAAGAUUUAACAUCCAGUGGGACACAGGCUGGGGAGGGUCGUUUAAGUGCUGCCCCUCAGAAUUAUGGAUCAGGAACUAAAGAACCUUUGGAGUAUAAUCAGCCUCCGAUUUCUGGACCACCUGAUCAAGAAAAUCAAAAUGGAGGUGGUAAUCAUCCUAGUGUGGCCAAUUUUGGAUCGUCAAAUUUUAAUGAAAAUGAUAAUGGCUAUCACGAAGAAUCCAACGUCCAUUAUGUUCAUACUCAGAACUUAGAUCCUCCGCCCAGCUUUGGAUCAUCCAAUUUUAAUGAUCAAAGUAAUCAAUAUCCUGAUGACCUAUCUUCCAGCAGUAGUGUCAUCAAAGAUUCUCAGAUACCUGAUAAUUCCAAGGAUUUUGUACACUUUGAAGAGUCUCCAUUAUUAGACCUCACUAAAAAGGAUGAGGUUCACCCUGAUACAAAAUGGUCACCAUCUACUAACACCUACAAUGCUGAAGAAGGUUUUGAUAAUAUUUUAAAGACGACUACGGAUUACACUUUAGAGACUGAUAAUAUAUAUUUUGAGGAUUCUUCGAAUUUUAUUAGACAGAGCGAAUCUUAUUCCUUGUCGGAUAUCAGGAAUAUUAAUGGUGCUUUGGAAACAACGACUCCCUCAAGUUUGGGAUAUAAUAAAAAUGAGGAUGUUGAAGCAUCAACGAUUAAUACACCUUAUGUAAAUCAUCAAAGUGGAGGGCAGGGAUUGUUGUGGACGAAUUUGGAUUUGAAAAAUGAAUCUUAUGGAAAUCAUGCGUACUCGGAUUCUCUUCCUCGUUGGAAUAAUUCUAAUGAUGGGAAGAAAUUUGAGAAACAAGAGAAUCUUUAUUCAAAGGACGUGGUUCCGAAACAACAAAGUGUUAAACGAAAUAAACAAGUACAAGUUGUUAUUCCGUACACAUCAGAAUACACACCAGUACCAUUUCAACAAUCAUAUGGAGACUGGAGUGUUAGAACUGAUUUUGAAAGAAGUCAACCAAGAAAAGUACCUUCUUCUAAUUCUAAUUCAAACAACAUCGAUAAUUAUAUUCAACAAGAAUCAAGAAAUGAUAUUCAAAUUAUCAAUAGUUUACAAUCACAGUACCAUUUUAAUGAUUCCAAUAAAUUAAAUGUUCAACAAGUAAGGACAUCGAUAAAUACAGUACAAAAUAAUAAUACAAAAAAUAUCCUACCAAAAGUGAGCAAUUCUAUUGAUGUACGAAGAUUGCAGAAAAAUAUUGAUAAUUGGACAAUACAAGAGUAUUCAAAGCCAACGACGUCUAACACUGUUCUCCCAAGUUCGCCGCAUCCCUAUCUGUUGCCAUCGAAGAAAAUUCCAACGAAGUACCUGACGACAACAGAACCAGGGGAAUCAAUUGAUCACAACGAAAGUGUGAAAACGUAUUCUUUAGCUGGCUUCAGUUUCAACGAAGUGGAACACGAGGGUUCUGCGAGUAAUCGCAUCGAAGAAACUAGAACGCCGGUCAAAGUUUUACGAGUAGAAACGUCUAAGACAGAAGACAGCGUUUUAGAGAGCAAAAAUAAAUCUACGACAGAGGAAAAUACGACAUGGAAAGCGUAUUCCGUGUCCGUAUCGCCUGUUGACAAAGAACGAGUCUACGUAGUGACACCACAAACCGAUUUAGAAACGUCUUCUAAAAACAAUCUCAAAGAGAGAAAAGAAAAUGAAACAAAAAUUGAUAAUACAAAUGAUAGUAAUGGAAACUUUAGUGAAUUCGAAGCAAUUGAAAAGGCUUAUCAGGUACUUCCACAGGCAGUAAAUAAUUUAGCGGUUGCCUCCACGGGGAAGGAGAAUAUUCCUUUAUGGGGAAUUAUGGAGCAUGAAGAGUUUGCUUCGUUGAAUUCUGAUGACACUGGGGAAGGAGCGACUGGAGAAGGGCUGGAUGGACCUGUGCUUUAUUCUGGACAUUCAAAGGUUUCACGAGCUAAACGAUGACAUGCAUAUUCAUUAAACAUGAAGUUCAACGAACUACAAUUUAUAAUAGUGAAUAAAUAAUUGACUGUUUAUCAAUAACUUUCAGAUUUGAAAGACUGCCUUUCAUCUUGUGUUAUAAAACACAAAUGAAAUAAUUUUAGUGUCUAAGGUGCUAGUGUAAAACUUUAUACGGCCAGUGUAUGAUUAAAUUAAACAUAAGUCAACAUGGUAAUUAAGUAAUAAGUCGUGAAUAUUGUAUAGUCAAUAUUAAAUAUCAUAUUUUUCUACUUACGUAAAUAUUAUUUUUUGUAUUUGUAAAUACAGUUAAAAUUGAAAGUAU